GCAAAGUUGCGAGAGAGGAGGAACACACACAGUCUCGCAAGCCAAAAUUGCAGUCAUCAUCAUGAUGGGUAACCGUCAGUAGUGCUGCUGCUGAUGAGUAGUGCCGGGUAGUGUGAGAUGAGGCACGAGGCAGAGGAUGGGGAGAGAGAGAAUUGCGCUGACGAGGGGAAACCCGUUUGUUCAAUGCUUCGGCACCGACAUUCGUUGGUUGAGUAUCGCAGUGUGCGCAGCAAAGUGAAGUGAGACAGAUCCCAAAAAUUUGUCGUGCGUUCUUUUAUUCUCAGCCACACAGUGAAUUUAUAAAGAGGAGAAUUUCUAGAAGUUUUUCGCCAAUAUUCUCAAGACGACCCAACAAGAUCGUUAAAUUUUGCGAGGCCACUUCACCGAGCAGUUUGCAAUCUCUGAAAAAUCGAAGAUUUUCCUGUGGUGUUUGUGCAAAAAAAAUUAUCGACGUGUCCCCCGUGAGCGUCCUGGAAAAGUAGACUCUCGGAGGAUUGAGUAAUCAAUCCCCAUAUUGCGAGAAAAGUGAUUUUUUCUCUCUCAGUGUUCCUGGUGUGAGGGAAGGGUAGUUGCACAGCAGGAAAAGACCAAUUGUGGUUUUUUCUUUUCCUGUUCAAAUUUUCUGUGGCACAAGACUGCCGUCGUUUUUCCCCCAAAAAUCUUUUCGCAAAAGAAAGUUCUUUCCGACCACCACCCAAGGUGUGCAGCAGCACUUUCGGUAUAUAGCAACAGAGAAAAGAGAGAAGAAAAAAAGCUCGAAAGAUAUUAACUUGCGGGUUAAAAGCAGGAAGUUGACGACCGAGUGAAAAGAAAAGAGAGACGCGUGCAGAAAAGGAGGUAGAAGAGAGAUACCUAUAGAGAAUUUACCUUGUAGUGCACUGUGUAAAUUGGGCAGGAAAUAAUAUCCUCCUGUGCACUGUGUAAUGGCGUUUUUGCGUUCGGCCGUUCGCUACAAUCAUCUCUUGUUCACGCGCAAAGCUACUGGAAAAGCAUCCUCCUUGGACUUCCUCUCCGGACAGUGUCUCAAUGUCACACCUGCAGCUACGUUGAGCCUAUUCUCAAUUUUUGAGCAACGCACCACCCCAAGGAAUAUUUCUGUACGCCAUCUGAGCCAACGUCCAGCUGGUCAGGUGGUUGAUCCAACGAAGCAGGAUGUCAAAGGGACACGAGCUAAUUCAACUGUGGCAGCUGCGGGGCAUCUGGAGCAGCCACAGAGGGAUCCCCUGGACGUGAGGUUCUCCGAUCCGCAUGCUGCAUUCAAGAGUAAGACAACUUUCGAGCUCAUCCGCGCCUACCUGGUCUACUUGGUCUGCUCAUCCAGUUAUCUCGUGGAGCACAACAUGCAGCUCAUGAAAUUGGCACAAGCUUUACUGGGUGACAAACUCUUCAUUUGGCUAAUGCAGUCAACAUUUUAUGGACAUUUCGUUGCUGGAGAAGAUCGCUUUAAGAUUGUACCCACUUUGGAGAGAUUGCGCUCAUUUGGCGUAAAGCCUAUUCUUGAUUACUCUGUGGAGGAGGAUAUAUCACAGGAAGAAGCUGAGAAACGCGAAGUAGAGUCAUCAGUGUCAGAGAGUACCCAGGACACAACAACAAUGCCGCAGUACAAAGUGGAUAAAACAUUUGCUGAUCGACGCUACAAAGUGCAGAGUGCGAGGACCUACUUCUACUUGAACGAGGCAACUUGCGAGAGGAAUAUGGAGACAUUCAUUGAAUGUCUUGAAGCUGUUUCAGGAGCCACAUUCGGAACUGGUAUAACUGCAAUCAAAUUAACUGCCCUGGGCAGACCACAGCUUUUGCUACAAUUGUCCGAAGUAAUUAUGCGAGCACGACAGUACAUGCUGGAACUAUGUGGCGGAACUGGAAAUGUUUUGACUCACCACAAGACAAUUAAGGAUCUCGAGCAGUAUUACAGUGGUGUCAGUGAUAAUAAGGAAGUUAAGGAUUUCUUAAAAAAUAUGACAACUGACAAGGAAGGAAUUCUUCAUCUUUUCCCAUGGUCGGGUAUUAUAAAUGAAAAUUUUGAGUUGAGCGACAGUUUCCGUGUUCCGGAUCCGAAGACUGGCCAAAUGAGGCGACUGAUCUCACAGAUUCCACCCAAAGAAGAGGAGAUGUUUCGUAAUAUGAUUAGGAGAGUAAAUACAAUUGUUAAGACUGCUGAAGAAUUGGAUGUCCGCAUAAUGAUUGAUGCCGAACAAACAUACUUCCAACCGGCAAUUUCUCGUAUUACAUUGGAAAUGAUGAGACAGUACAACACGAAGAAGGCCAUUGUGUUCAAUACUUAUCAAUGCUACUUGAAAGACGCAUUUCAAGAGGUUACGACUGAUUUGGAGCAAGCGAAGCGUCAAAAUUUCUAUUUUGGCGCUAAAUUAGUGAGAGGGGCCUACAUUGAGCAGGAAAGGGCACGAGCAGCGGCUCUUGGUUAUCCCGAUCCAACAAAUCCCAAUUUUGAAGCCACAACUGAAAUGUACCACAAAACACUAACUGAAUGCCUCAGGCGAAUCAGGAAAUUGAAGGAAUCAGGCGAUGAUGCAAAGAAAAUUGGAAUAAUGGUGGCAAGUCACAAUGAGGACACCGUACGUUUUGCUAUUGAGAAAAUGAAUGAAAUCGGCAUCCUGCCUGAGGACAAAGUGAUUUGCUUUGGUCAAUUGCUUGGAAUGUGUGACUACAUAACGUUCCCACUUGGUCAAUCUGGUUAUUCAGCAUACAAAUACAUCCCGUAUGGACCAGUAAAGGAGGUCCUACCGUAUCUUUCGCGACGCGCACAGGAGAAUAAGGGUGUGCUGAAGAAAAUCCAGAAGGAGAAGCAACUCCUUCGGGCAGAAAUUGUUCGUCGACUCUUCCGUGGGAAGCUCUUCUACACGCCGAAAGGGAAUUAUGUUCCAAUUUAAAUUUUUUUUCGCUACACAGUACACACAAGAGUACCUCUUACUAUGGAAUGUACGGGAUGGAAUGAGACAAAAAGAAAUAAAAUUGUGGGCUAAAUGGAAUGGGCAAUCAAAUGUAACAAAAAAGAAAGAAAUUAAGUAUUGCAGAAUGAGUUUGAACAGAAAAAGCCAUGAUCUUCAUAAGAAAAGCAUGAUUAAAGUCCCGAAUUUUAGGUAUUUUUUCGUAUUUAAAAAAAACGUGGAAUCAUCAAACGUUGUAUAGUAUUUUUGUGAUUUUUACAGAUUUAUUGUAGUUUAUUUUUGUUUGAAUGUUCUUCAAUCAUUUUUAUUAUUUUUAAUUUUUACCCCUCUCUGUAUACUCACGUAAUUGAAUUGUAAUCGUUGAAUGAUAUUGCUACUAAAAUACUACCAACAGAGAUAUAAAAGGAAAAUUAAAUGACUAUUAAAGCACAAAAUGAUAAAAAUUUUAUCCAAGAUUUUUAUUUUAUUUAUUUUUUUUCCAAAAUAUUCCACUAAAAGUUCUUAAAGCGUUUUUACAUAGUUCCAUCCACCACGGAAUUCCAACAAAAAAAAAAGAAA